AGCGACCGAGUGUCGCGAGUGUAGCUCGUUAGUAUUGUGACUGUGACUCGCUUAUCUGAGCGUGCUGCUGAGCGUAAUGUAGAGGCGCGGGAGAGGCAAAAGCGUACGGACGCUUUCGAUUCCGUGGGAGAUCUGGUCGGUGAGUGACGGACAGAUGCGUGCGCGACGAAGUACGCUUCAGCGGCUUCGGUGUCUCGCUGAUUCCGAGUAACGAAGUCGUUAAGAGCGCGUGCGGGCAGCAAAUUGUGUGCCUCUUUCUUUCGUAUUUUUUUUUUCGACAUGGUAGGGAUAUACCGUUAUUCACGAACGUUUCUCCGUUUCGAUGCCUCCCCUAAAGCUGCGUAAAUCGACGGUAUACCUGGUAUACCCCGAACGCUAAGCCGAAGAUCGAUUAAAAGAGAAAAACCGGUUCAUGGAAGUUUCCUCGUGGAGAGAGGACAACGCGGAUAACGCAAGCUAAGAAGCUGUCCUGCGGAGCAAGGCGACAGAAAUGAAAAGAAACUUCGAAAUCAAGGUACAGACAUCAAAGAAGCUGUUCCUCCGAAAAAAACUGUCGAGGAUGGUAGGCAGCGUACCGAGCGGAUGGAUGAGGAAGAUCCUCCUCUUCCUGGUCCUGAUGACCGGGGUCCUCCUCAUCGCCAUGUACGCGCACGCUCCGCCGCUUGCUUCUCUCCAACCGUUCUCGUCACGACGACUGAAGGAGUUGCAACGAGGCUUGGUUACUUUCCUGGUCGGUAAUGAAAGCACGAAGAAACCCGAGGAACGGCUCUACGAGUAUCUGGAAGAGCCUAGAACGUUUCAGAGUCCGUGGUCCUGGGCCUGCGUCGCUGGAAGAUGCGAGAGGAGAGCGGUCAGAUCUUCGAGGACCUCAUUGGCCAGCUGUAUCGCCCUCUGCGGCGGAAACACCAGGCUUCUCUGGCCCAGACCAACCGGAAACGUGUUCCUGGGCGAAGAUAGCGUGAUCAUACAUCUGCAGCAAAUCCAAUUCGUCACGGUGAACACUAGCGACCAGGAGACGAAGAAUCUGUUGGAGCACGCCAAGGAUGUUUUCAUCGGUAACAUAAGAAGCCUGAUGAAGGUGCCAAACGCGAAAAGCAGAUCCGGGGUGGACAUGUUCGUCGUCUACCUAUCCGCCGGAAAUGGCAGAGCGAUAGGGCCGAACUUAGACACGGACGAGUCGUAUACCCUGGAGCUGAUGCCUAAGGGGAAGAUUCUCGAAGCUAGAAUAAGCGGAAAAAGUUUCUUCGGCGCCAGACACGGUUUGGAAACGCUUGGCCAAAUGAUCUGGUGGGACGAGUCUGCCGGAAGGGAAGGUGCCUUGCGAGUAUUAUCUCGCGCUUCCGUCGAGGACAAGCCAACGUUCCCCUACAGAGGUUUGCUGGUCGAUACGGGAAGACAGUUCUUUCCCAUCGAGCGACUGAAACGUGUGAUCGACGGAAUGGCGGCAUCGAAGUUGAACACUUUCCAUUGGCACCUAUCAGACUCGCAGAGCUUCCCCUUCGAUUCAGCCCAGUUCCCCGAAAUGGCCAGAUGGGGCGCUUACAGCGGAGAUCAGAUCUAUACGCCCGACGAUGUGAAGGAUCUCGCGGAUUACGCGAGGAUCCGCGGCAUCAGGGUACUCAUCGAGAUCGACUCUCCGGCACAUGCUGGCGCUGGCUGGCAAUGGGGGACGGAGUACGGUUACGGGGAGCUGGCUCUCUGCGUUGAUCAGCAGCCAUGGUCGUCGUAUUGCGGCGAGCCGAAUUGCGGCCAGUUGAAUCCUAUCAACGAGCACACCUAUCGAAUAUUAGAGGGGCUGUACAGGGAGCUUCUGGACCUGACCGAAAUUCGGGACAUCGUGCACCUUGGCGGGGACGAGGUGAACCUGGAUUGUUGGGCACAGUACGGAAACAUCACGGCCGCGAUGCAAGCACAGAACAUGACCGAUCACCAUGCUAUGUGGGCCGAAUUCGAAACGAAGAUGUUGCAAAGGUUGGUGAAGGCCAACCACGAUGAAACGCCAAAGGCUGUGAUUCUGUGGAGUUCCCCGCUGACAAAGAGACCUUACAUCACCAUGUACUUCGAUCCAAAGAUUCACGUGAUCCAAUCAUGGGGAGGUAGCAACUGGCCGGAGACACUGGAUCUUCUAGAAGACGGUUUCAGAGUGAUUCUUUCUCACGUGGACACGUGGUAUCUGGAUUGUGGAUUUGGAAAAUGGAGGGAGAUCGGAGAGGCCGCCUGUGGCGAGUAUCGUACCUGGCAAACUGUUUACAAUCAUCGACCUUGGAGAGAUUACGCCCAGCAACAUUUUAGCCUCGUUUUGGGCGGAGAGGCAGCUAUCUGGAGCGAGCAGACCGGCGACGCGUCCUUGGGACCUCGACUAUGGCCCAGGGCAUCUGCUCUCGCUGAGAGAUUAUGGAGCGACAUGCCAACCAACGGCUACUCGACAGACGAAAGCGUGUAUACGAGGCUAGCCGCACACAUGGAGCUUCUAACUAGCCGUGGAUUGAAAACAGAAGCCAUGUGGCCGCAGUGGUGUUCCCAGAAUCCCGGCAAAUGUCUCUGACCGUUCGCUAGCCCGAACAUAAUCGCCUUCGCCUGGAAUUGUACGCGUAGACACGAUAAUUGCGUGAAUGGAAGACGUUACACGAGGUGGUUCUGCCCGCCACUUUCGCUAGAACACGCCGAGCUUGUAGAUCGUUGCAACAUCACCGUCGAUAGGAGCUCGUUGAUCGUUUUAACCGUGACGAGACCGAGCCUCUCGAAACUAUCGAUUGUUCGAUAACGAUUUUCGUUCUACGAACCGAUCCACGAAGAUGUGGACGUCACGUGAGAGACAUAGGACGACCUAGUGCGGAGUACUCGAGAGAAGCAAUCGUCGAGAGUGGAAGAAGACGAUGAAAUUCCUCCUAGAAGUCAAGAAGCCAAAUUGAAAGUCCUUGGUGAUCCCUAGUUGGAGAAUUUAUUUCUACAGAAGAAAGGGAAGGAAGUUUUCGAGCGUUUCACUGGCUUUUUCAUUCUUGCCGGACGUUGAAGGCACAGCGACACAAAUGUUCUUGGGUUUCGUUUUUCUCCCUGGUACGAAAAUGAUAUAGGCAGAGUAUUUGAUAUUUGUACGAGACUAUGUACGACAGAUUAUACAGGAAGGUAAAAUGAACAAGGUCAAUUCAAAGAUACACAGAGCGCGAUUUUUUAACGUUACGCGAUGUCUGGUCGUAGCUCGAUGCCAUACUUUUCGUUCGAAGUGCCUUUCCAAUUGUAAUUCUACUCGUUGUUGUACGAUUUCAUGUGUAAACACCGAGAGCGUUCCUAUUGAGAGAUCUCGAUGGCGGGCAUCGAGAUCGUCGCAUCGUCCUCUCGUCUAAUCCUACCACCUCUGAGUGUCUUUUCGAUGCUCCGGAAUUUUUCUAAGGUGCUUUUGAUAUUUAAUUUUUAAUGGAAAUAGUGGAAUCUAUCGUCGUGGUAUUAAAUAUUCUAUUCGUCUUUACUUAUUUUAAUAGACUAUAAAUCUAUCGAUUCUUAUUUUAGCGAUUAUAAAUUGCACGUCUUAUUUAAAGUGUUCUAUGUUGCAUGAUAAUUUAGAAUAUUGGAGGAAUUAUCUAGUAUCAAUUAUCCUAAUUAUUAUACAUAUAUUUUAAUUCUUGUUAUGAGCUUAAACGAUAAGCCGACGAAUAUUUUUAUUUUUCCAAUAAAAAUUUGUAUAUACAGAGUGAGUUAUAAACGCAUGUCUGUAUUUCAAACGGUAAUCAACACACUAAUAUAAAUAAAAAACGCCACCUGAAUGUAUGUUUAACGGACAUUAGUUUUCAAGUUAUGAUUGUUUGAAGAAGAUUUUGUAAGCUUUCGCUCGUAUAUUCAACCAAUACUGUCUGAUUAACGGAAACUCUCAUUUCCUGUUACUUCUACUAAGCAAUUAAGUACGACAAAAGAGUCGAGGCAAAGACAUACCAUCGAAUAAAGCGUAGAAACGGCAUUCAAGGUGGUAAAAUUAGAAAAGACAGUCCAUGCACUCGGUAAACGAAAGAAAAGACGUUCGACAUAAGACACUACCGAUCCUUACGCCUACUUUCCUCCAUUAAAGGAUUCCUGUGAUCAGGAGACUGGACAUAUACCAUUAUUUGUCACACGAUAAAGCGAAGCGUGGCCGUCAGAAACGGAAAUCACGGCGCCAAUCCGCAUAGGCUUCCCUCUUUAAACUGCCAGACCUAGGUCCUACAUAAACAACAAAAUCCCACAAAUACCAAACCGUAUUCCAAAUGAAGAACAUAGUCGAGUAAUAAAACGAAUUGUGUAAGAGGAAACGUUCAAGGAAUUCCAUUCUUUGGCAGCAUAUGCGUAACCCUCGAAGCCAAAGAAACUAUAUGAUACUUUGUACGAUAAUUACCUUCCCGAUCGUAACGAGAACCGUGAAGAAACCCUGUCAGAUUAUUAUAUAUAAAAGAAGUUUCUUGACGAACAAACAUCGGGAAUCGAGAGAGUCGUUCAACAGUUCUUAAAGAAUUGUCGCGGAUCAGUAAGACCGAGCGUCCAAUCCGUGCUUCGUGUCAUUUCUAAUUAAUUGUAAACUCGUUCGGAGGAGUUCGUCUUGAUGUUAACGAGAUACUAUCUCCGAGAGAUAUAAGAAUGGCCUAUUGAUGACGAAUAGCCGUGAAAAUUUGUAAAUAAUACGAUCAUCGUAUUGCAGGUGGCUGAAGAGCAACUAGAUAAUUAAUAGAACGAUAACGGGAGGAAAAAUGAAUCGUAUGUACUUACUAACAACUUACUGACAUCGAUGGCUGUAAAAUAGAAGUGAUUUUAAGCUCGACCCUGCUGGAUCCGGUGCGCAAAAUCAUCCGCUGUGUGUGACGUCUUGCGUGACGUUUGUUGGGUAUUUUCGAUCAUUUAAAAGAUUUGUAAAGAAUUUUUAAAGGAAGAGAAAUAACUUAGUACGUUGUCUGUAAAAUUGUUUCGGUGUUUGAAAAACGUUAAUGGAAAUUGCACGCGGAUGAUUUCCCAAGUUGAUUUACGAAGGAAUGCAGUCUGUUGUAAAGUGUGAUUGGUGUAAGUUUAACAUAAAACAAAUUUUGAAUACA